AUGAGUCUUUCAGAGCUCUCAAAUGCCAUCAAUUCCAAAGCCUACCCUCAAUUACAGCAAUACUUCGAGAGAGCCAUUAACGAGCUAAUGGACAACCUGAUCAAGGGGCGUGAUAACUUUUCACAGAAGGUGUUCUUAUCACCUUCUGGUAGAGACAGGUGGACUAUUGAAGAACUAUCGAAUGAAAUAAAGGUAGUUCAAGACUCCAACGUUAAUGACGAUCGCAGAAAUGCAAUCUUCCAAGCUUAUGGAAUCUACCAGCAGAAAGCAGAAAGCGGCAUAGUACUGAAAGAUAUCCAAGUGGUAACCCCUGCGAUGGACAUUUCAGUAUGGACUUACAAAGACCUGACAGCAGCUCGUGGCAACGCUAAUAUUGAACCUGAACUUUUACAGCAUAUUGACAAUGCUCUUGCCGAAAUAGAGAAGGACACAUCAGGCAUGGUAACUCGCGUUGGACUCCUACCUCACGAACCAUUCUUUUAA